AAGAAAUAUCUUAUCCAAGAGAGAGAGAGUCGACUCAAGCAGCAACAGAAAGAGGAAGAAAUGUUGGCGAAAGCUCCUCUAAAAUUGCCGGAAUCCCUGCAAUAUUUCAAGAAAGAGAGACUCCUCUUCGCUAGUGAGCGAAUGAGAUGCCCCAAAUCAGCGCCUUUUUCUGUCAGGGCUGCUUACACUCGGAAACCCACUGGAACUCCCGGUGCUUAUCAGCUGAUUGACGAUGACACUGGUGACAAAUUCAUUGUCUGGGGCGGCGCCGAUGAUGCUCCUGAUUCUCCCAUUCCUCCCAAAAAGAUCCUUUCUUGGAAGCCUGGUAAUGCCCGUUCCCGCCAACACGUAGAGAAGAAGGGUAACAUGCAGGGAACUCGAAUGGGAGAGGUUUUUGAUACCACAGGAGUUGAACCGACUAUUUCUACUGUGAAUGGUGGUAAAACCACACCCAGUGCAGGCAUCUUUUCUGCAAGUUUUGGUAGAUUAAAGGCUCAACGUGUAAGAGCACUGAUUAAAAAAUCUCCCCGAAUAAAGCAAGAAAAUAUUGAUAGUAGGAGGUUGGACAAUGAAGAUAUGCUUUCAGAUCAAUCUGAUGGCUCAGAUUCAGAAGAAGAGUUUGUGGUGAGAGAGCAUGGGUAUAAAGGAAGCAUGUUAACAGCAGCCCGGGAGCAAAUUGCGAAAGAUAAUGUGCUAGGUAAUGAGAUGAUUCCGGAUACUAACCAUUCUUAUGCCAUCCCAAAAUACAAUCGUAAGCCUGUUUUGGAAGAUCAGAGUACAUCGGUGAAAGCUCGUGGAGGUAAUUCGGUAGUAACUGAACGAAAUGUUGCAGUCCCAAGAGCCGCUUCUUCCUUAAGAGGAUGGAGUAAUUCUAGUUCAUACCAGAAGACUAUGGUUGAUUUGACAUAUCCUUCCAAGCAGCGGAAGAAAAUGUCCGCCGAUGGUGGAUUUUUCAGCAGGAAAUCGUUUAAAGAUUUAGGAUGCAGCGAGGAUAUGAUCGAGUCUCUGAGGGCUCAGCUUUUCAUUCGGCCUUCACACAUUCAGGCAAUGGCAUAUGUGCCCGUUUCGAAAGGAAAAAGUUGUAUCAUAGCUGAUCAAAGUGGAUCAGGGAAGACAUUAGCGUAUCUUGCACCAGUUAUUCAGCGUCUAAGGCAAGAAGAGCUACAAGGACUCAGUAAGUCCUCACCAAGAAGUCCUCGGGUGGUUAUAUUGGUUCCAACUACUGAAUUGGCUUCUCAGGUGCUAAAUAAUUGCCGAUCCAUAUCAAAGUUUGGGGUCCCAUUCAGAUCAAUGGUUGCAACCGGUGGUUUUCGGCAGAAAACACAAUUGGAAAACCUUCAACAAGAUUUGGACGUUCUGAUAGCAACACCGGGUCGUUUUAUCUUCCUCCUCCAAGAAGGCCUUCUGCAGUUAACCAACCUUAAAUGCGCUGUUUUAGAUGAGGUAGAUAUACUCUUUGGUGAUGAAGGCUUUGAACAAGUUUUGCAAAGCUUAAUUUACUCAGUACCUAUGACGACACAAUAUCUUUUCGUCACUGCAACUUUACCAUUGGAUAUCUACAACAAGCUAGUGCAAGUGUUUCCUGAUUGUGAAGCGGUCAUGGGACCUGGCAUGCACCGUACAAGCUCUGGCCUUGAGGAGGCUCUUGUAGAUUGCAGUGGAGAUGAUGGAGAGGAGAAAACUCCAGAAACUGCCUUUCUGAAUAAAAAAUCUGCGCUGCUGCAGAUUGUAGAGGAAACACCGGUUCCGAAAACUAUUAUCUUUUGCAAUAAGAUAGAGACAUGUAGAAAAGUUGAGAAUGUAUUGAAACGCAUUGAUAGGAAAGGACUUCGUCUCCGAGUCUUGCCAUUCCAUGCGGCUGUGGCACAGGAAUUACGUCUCGCAAAUAUGAAGGAGUUUCUCAGUUCGCAGUCCAAAGAUUGUAUGUUCCUGAUUUGCACUGACAGAGCAUCACGAGGGAUAGACUUUGCCAACGUGGAUCACGUGGUGCUCUUUGAUUUUCCUCGGGAUCCAAGUGAGUACGUCCGUCGUGUUGGAAGAACUGCCAGAGGUGCUGGCGGCAAGGGAAGGGCAUUUGCAUUUGUGGUUGGUAAGCAGGUUUCCUUGGCUCGGAGGAUAAUGGAAAGAAAUCAAAAGGGCCAUCCGCUGCAUGAUGUGCCUGCUGCAUAUGAACUGGUGAACUCCACACUGUAAAUUUGCAUGUUCAACCCUUUCUCUGUUGUAUCCGAAUUUGGUACCUUUUUGUUAUUUUAAGUGCAAUUAAGUCCAUUAAUGAUUCUCCAAAA